AUGGCAACACGAACAUCAACACGAUCAACUAAAGCCGUUAAAUUUGUUGAUUCUGCUGAUGAUGAUGAAGGAGAAUUUGAUAAUUCAAGUGCAAUAAGAAUAAAAAAUGAACCAAAAAAAGCUAAAACUCGUGGUCGUACACGUCGAAAUCAAACAAACGAUGAUGAAGAUUGGGAUGCAAGAAAUGAACAAAGUGAAGAAGAUGAUGAAAAUGAUGAUGAGAGUAUCGAUAAUGGAGAUGUUACAAAAAAAUUUAAAACUAAUACUGUUAAUCGUUCGAUUGAUUCUGUUUAUGAUUUUGGAGAAAUGAGUAAUACAACAAGAAAAUGGUCAAAAACAACAACAACACCAACACCACAACGUAAUAGUACUGUUAGUGAUACAGGAAAAUCAAUGGAAAAAUUAAUGUGUUCAUAUUGUAAUUAUACAACAGCAAAAAAAUAUCUUCUUCAACGACAUUUAAAAUCUCAUUCAACUGAACGACCACAUAAAUGUGCUUAUUGUGAUCGAUCAUUUAAAACAACAAUACAAUUAACUAAUCAUGUUAAUACACAUUUAGGUGUUAAACCAUUUCAAUGCAAAUUUUGUUCAUUUUCAUUUACAACAAGUGGAGAACUUAUUCGACAUGUUCGAUACAAACAUACACUUGAAAAACCACAUCGAUGUGACGAAUGUGGUUAUGCUACGGUUGAAUUAAGUAAAUUAAGACGACAUAUUCGUACACAUACAGGAGAAAAACCAUAUGCAUGUCCACAUUGUUCAUAUUGUAGUCCGGAUACGUUUAAACUUAAACGACAUUUACGUGUACAUACUGGAGAACGUCCAUAUCAAUGUACAAUUUGUAAUUUUCGUUUUACUCAAAGCAAUAGUUUAAAAGCUCAUAUGUUAACACAUCAAGCUGAAAAACCAUCAUUUCCUUGUUCAUAUUGUCCAUCUGUUAUGGCUCGAAAAUCUGAUCUUCGUUAUCAUAUUGGUAAACAACAUGCUCGUCAAUCCGAACCAUUAUCAUGUACUAAAUGUGAUGAAGAUUUUCCUGAUAAAUAUUCAUUACGUAUGCAUGGUAAAACUCAUAAAGGUCAAACAAUACAUUCAUGUACACAUUGUGAAUUUUCUGCUAAUACAAGUCAACAAUUAGAUGAUCAUAUGAAUAAACAUCGUGGUACACGUCCAUUCCAAUGUAGUGAAUGUGGUUUAAUGUUUGCAGCUCGUGCUGAUUUACGUGCACAUGUUACACGUACACAUAGAAAUGCUUUAACGCCAGCAAUAACAUCAACACCAACACCAACAACAACAAUAAAUUCUCCAACAACAACAAUAAACCAUCGUCCACAACGACGUGCUGCAUCAUUACAACAUCGUUUUAUAGGUGUAUCAUCAGGUGCUGACGAUGAUGAACAUCAAGAAGAUGAUUUUCAUUGUCCAAUAUGUCAUAGACAAUUUACAUCAGCACGUUUACUUGAUAGACAUACAUAUGCUGUACAUGAACCAAAACAAGAUUCAUAUGAUGAUAGAGAUUAUCAAACAAAUGAUAUUGAAGAUGAUGAUGAUGAUAUACAUGAUUAUGCUGAUGAUGAACUUGAAGAAAAACCAAAAAUAAAUAUGAAUAAUAAAAAUGAUAUUCAUAUAAAUCCAUUAAAAGUUGAAGAAGGUAUAACAGAUGAUGAACAAGUAAUAAAUGAAGAAGAACAUGAUUUAGCACCUAAUGUUGAAGAUAUAAUUGAAAAUAUUGAUGAUGAUGAUGAUAAUAAUAAUUAUGAACAAAUACCAACAAUUAAAUCAAUAUCAUCAGCUAGUAAAAAACAAAUUGGAAUAAUAAGAAAAUUUGAUGAAAUUGAUGAUGAUGAUGAUUUAUCAAAUAAAAGAAAAUGUAAUAUAAUUCGAGCGUCAUUCAAAUCUAAUGAUGAUGAAAAACCUGAUUUUGAUGUAUUCGAUUUUACAAGUACAACAAUGGCAACAAAAUCAAAUCAUAAUAAUUAUCAAUUAUUAGAAAAAUUAGUCGGUUAUGAAAAUCGUAAAAAUGAUGUUCUAUUUUUUCCGAAUUCAAUUCAAUCGUCAUCAAAUAGUAUUGUUUAUUAUUUUGGUGGAGAUGUUCAGGAUUUACCAGAACGUAUGAAUAUAUCAAAAGAAAAUCGAAAAUAUCAACGAUGGAAUUUAGUAUCAACUGGUGAAAUUCUUUGUCGUCGAUUUUUAGAUUCUUCAAUUGUUAUUAUACGACCUAAUGAAAUGAAAGAUGGAACUUUUGCAAGAUUUUCGAAUUUUGUACCUAAAACAGAUGAAUAUGGUAGUCCAAUUUCAUACGAUACAAAUAAUCUAAUUGGUCUUCAUCAUUUACGUGCACUCGAUGAACAGAUUAUGAAACAAACAACAUCAUUGUCAGAUAUAAUUCUCGUUGGUUUUAGUAAAGGUUGUGUUGUACUUAAUCAACUUCUUCAUGAAUUAACUGCUUUACGUUUAAUGAAAACAGAUGUUGAUGGUCUUUCAAAAUUUGUAUCACGUAUUCGUACAUUUAUUUGGCUUGAUAGUGGACAUAAUAAUGGAAAUCGAAUAAUGGUUUGGCCAAUAGAUGAAAAUCUUAUAUUAACUCUUGUACAUUAUCAAAUAAAAACUGAAAUAUAUGUUACACCAUUUCAAGUAAAUUCACAAAAUUCAUACAAACAAUAUCAUACUGAACAUUAUAAAAAAUUUUCAAAAUUAUUACUUGAUCAAUCAACAAGUUUAUCGACAAAUGAUCAUAAAACAAUAAAUAAAAUAUUUUUUGCUGAUGAAUUACCUUCGAUAGAUAAACAUUUUGAAUUGUUAACUGUAUUUUAA